CCAACUUCAUAUGUCUAGUAUCACUCUUAGCAUUUCAAUGAAAAUCAUACUCCUUUGAAUUCAUCAUUUUAAUUUCCCAAAAAAUACAAACAGUGCCUGUGAUAAGUGUAAAGUGUUUGUUAAAGACACACCUGACUCAAUACCGAAAUAAAUUUCCCAAAUCUCCAGGAGACACAUUUGACAAAAUCGGAAAAAAUGGUCCACUUGGAGACCUGACCACCACAUAGGCGCAUUGAAGAUACUACAUACACCGUGUAUUGAUUUCUAAUAAAAGCCGAAUGCUAUUACUAAAACAACGUAAAAACCUGCCGAAAGUUCAAUUCUGGAGUAACAAACACCAGUAAGGUGGAUGUGAGUGUACAGCACAUCAUAGAACGUAAUAUUUGUACAUAUUGAUAAUACUAUCUGGUUCGAUAAAUUGGUAUCUGGAAUAGAACAACGUAGUACUGGAAAAUUUUCAAAAAAAUAGUUAUAUUACCCAGAACCAAAGAAGUUGUAUAGGAAUUUAAUAUUUAGAAAGGUCACUUUCUAAGAAUCAUUAAUAAUUUCAAUUGGAAUCUGAUUGGUAGCACGAUACAUUUAGUAAGCGAGCAGUCGAGACAGAACCAUUGUAGGUGUAUCAAAUACAAGCCAACAACCAAAUAAGUUCUGAAACCACUAAGUUGGCUUAAAAUUUUCAAUUCCUGAAGAAGCCAAAAUCCACCCAAGAUGCCUCAAGUCUUAGGCCCAAUUGGCGACACGCCAUACGUCCAAAAACCAAAAGAACCAACUUCCAACACAUCUCCUGUCCACAAUGGCGGCUAUACAAGUUUAGGAAACGCCGGUGGAAAUGUCUACAUGUCAACCACCGAACCAACAACUCCUUCCUCAGUAAUUGAUACUGUCAAGAGAGCCUUUACAGGAGGUUCCACAAACCAAAAAACAGGAGCCGGUGAACCCUUGCUCAAUGCCAAUGGAAGAAGCAACAAAAUUGUGAGCGGGCGUCAGACAAGCGCUGCCAACAUUGCGAACGUUAGGAACACGAAUUCAGACAUGCCGGCGCCAAAUUCGGCGGAAGAGACCGCCCUUCUUGGCAACACCAUGCCUUGUGAUCCAAUGGACGACAUCGAACUAAAAUCAAUUCAGCUCCAAUUUCCAUCAUCAAGAACUGCUCCAAGGCAGAGCAUUGGAACAAUUUCCAGAGUCCCUACUGAUCAUGGUGAAUUGCAAGUUGCUGUAGUUGGUGAUUGCACAAAACCAGCAAUUCUGACUUAUCAUGAUCUUGGAUUGAACUAUUCGUCAAGUUUCAGUGCUUUCUUUAAUUAUCCUUCAAUGAGAGCUCUACUUGAAAACUUUUGCGUUUAUCAUGUCACCGCACCUGGACAAGAAGAAGGAGCUCCUACUUACCCAGAAGACUAUGUGUAUCCUACGAUGGACCAACUGGCUGGGCAAUUACCUUUCGUAUUGACUCAUUUUGGACUAAAAUCUGUUAUCGGUUUUGGAGUUGGAUUUGGAGCCAACGUUUUGGCCAGAUUUGCUAUCGAACAUCCAGAACAGGUUGGUGCUCUUUGUCUGGUAAACUGCGUGAGCACGGUUUCUGGUUGGAUCGAAUGGGGUUACCAGAAAUUGAACGCCCGUCAUUUAAAAUCCAAAGGGAUGACCCAGGGUGUUGUGGAUUAUCUGAUGUGGCACCACUUUGGAAGAAAUACAGAAGAGCGUAACCACGACCUCGUCCAAGUCUACAAGAAUUACUUCGAGCAGCAAAUAAAUCCAGUGAAUCUUUCGAUGCUGAUAGACACGUAUUUGAGAAGAACGGAUAUGAAUAUUGCCCGUAGCCCGACAUCCGGACCUCAGAACAACGAUAUGACAUUAAAGAUGCCCGUAAUGAACAUUACAGGAAGCCUAUCGCCACAUGUCGAUGACACUGUCACGUUGAACGGACGUCUGGAUCCAAAGAACUCCACUUGGAUGAAGAGGCAUGGAAGCAGAGCAAGGUGA